CUUUGCUGCUUGAAGGUCCAGGAGCAAAUGGUCUUGGUGCAGAGACAGGUUGUUGAGUCCUUGGUGACUACCCUUAGGUGGCUGUGCGAUGAUAGAAGAUAGAGGGACAAGAAUGAGGUACUUUGACCAGCACUGAGCAGAGUGGAUGCCUCGUUUUCUGAGUAACCCCCGGUGUUCGAGCAGACUGAAAGAUUACCUGGGGGUCAGCUUGGUGCCAGACAGUGCUCAAUACAAGCCUGGCUACCCAGGGAACAGCACUGCACCCUGUGAAGGGACCUGAACAGAUGGAAGACAGCGUUCUGCAGCCAGUCCUAUUCUAGGGACCUGUCACUCCUGUCGAUGCAGGUCAAUGGCCAACAAGGAGGGGGGUCCGAGCCAGCGGCAGCAGCCGCAGCGGCGGCAGCGGCAGUGGUGGCAGCAGGAGACAAAUGGAAACCUCCACAGGGUGCAGAUUCUAUCAAGAUGGAAAAUGGGCAAAGCACAGGCACCAAGCUGGGGCUGCCUCCCCUGACGCCCGAGCAGCAGGAGGCCCUCCAGAAGGCCAAGAAAUAUGCAAUGGAGCAGAGCAUCAAGAGUGUGCUGGUGAAACAGACCAUCGCGCACCAGCAGCAGCAGCUCACCAACCUGCAGAUGGCAGCAGUGACAAUGGGCUUUGGAGAUCCUCUCUCACCUUUGCAAUCGAUGGCAGCUCAGCGGCAGCGGGCACUGGCUAUCAUGUGCCGGGUCUAUGUGGGUUCCAUCUACUACGAGCUGGGGGAAGACACCAUUCGCCAGGCCUUUGCUCCCUUUGGCCCCAUCAAGAGCAUUGAUAUGUCCUGGGACUCUGUCACCAUGAAGCACAAGGGCUUUGCCUUCGUGGAGUAUGAGGUUCCAGAAGCUGCACAGCUGGCUUUGGAGCAGAUGAACUCGGUGAUGCUUGGGGGCAGGAACAUCAAGGUGGGCAGACCCAGCAACAUAGGACAGGCCCAACCCAUUAUAGACCAGCUGGCUGAGGAGGCUAGGGCUUUCAACCGCAUCUACGUGGCCUCUGUACAUCAGGACCUGUCUGAUGAUGACAUCAAGAGUGUGUUUGAAGCCUUUGGCAAGAUAAAGUCUUGCACACUGGCCCGGGACCCCACGACUGGGAAGCACAAGGGCUAUGGUUUUAUUGAAUAUGAAAAGGCCCAAUCGUCCCAGGAUGCUGUGUCUUCCAUGAACCUCUUUGAUCUGGGUGGCCAGUACUUGAGGGUGGGCAAGGCCGUCACACCCCCCAUGCCCCUGCUAACACCUGCCACGCCUGGAGGUCUCCCGCCUGCUGCUGCUGUAGCCGCAGCUGCAGCCACAGCCAAGAUUACAGCUCAGGAAGCAGUGGCUGGAGCAGCCGUGCUGGGUACUUUAGCUACACCAGGACUAGUGUCGCCAGCUCUGACACUGGCCCAGCCCUUAGGGGCUCUACCCCAGGCUGUCAUGGCUGCCCAGGCCCCUGGAGUCAUCACAGGUGUGACCCCAGCCCGCCCUCCCAUCCCAGUCACCAUCCCCUCUGUGGGAGUGGUGAACCCCAUCCUAGCCAGUCCCCCAACACUGGGUCUGUUGGAGCCCAAGAAGGAGAAGGAAGAGGAGGAGCUGUUUACUGAGUCAGAGCGGCCAGAGAUGCUAAGUGAACAGGAGCACAUGAGCAUCUCUGGCAGCAGUGCUCGGCACAUGGUCAUGCAGAAGCUGCUCAGAAAACAGGAGUCCACAGUGAUGGUUCUGCGAAACAUGGUGGACCCCAAGGACAUCGACGAUGACUUGGAGGGAGAGGUGACAGAGGAGUGUGGCAAAUUUGGUGCUGUGAACCGGGUCAUUAUCUACCAAGAAAAGCAGGGCGAGGAGGAGGAUGCAGAGAUCAUCGUCAAGAUUUUUGUGGAAUUUUCCAUGGCCUCAGAGACUCACAAGGCCAUCCAGGCCCUCAAUGGGCGCUGGUUUGCUGGCCGUAAGGUGGUGGCUGAAGUGUAUGACCAGGAGCGUUUUGAUAACAGCGACCUCUCUGCGUGACUUUGGCCUCAUUCCCUGGACUUGCGCUUGCCCCUCCCUCCCUCCGGGUUUCGUAGAGUGUUAACAGUGGUGUCCCUGCGACCCCGCACUCUGCCCAGCCCACGCUGUAGUGUACAUAAAGGUGCAGAUACUGCUGGCCCUAAA